AUGUGGGUUCACCGUGUUGCGACACUGUCUGUGGUCUGUCUACUAUCGUUGCCAUUUGCUGUCGCGAUUGUCACCAGAUCGGGCCUCAAUGGCUGGUACAAGUGUUCUGACGUCACGUUUUCCGACGCGGGGAACUCAAGUGGCAUGAUCGCAGAGUGUGCGGUCUACAGCGCGCCGUUAUGCUACCCCGGCAUCUGUGAGACUCCAGCGUCAGUGGACUCAACUGUCGACAUCUUUGUCAAGAGAUUCCCCGCCACGUCUGGAGACCCUGCUACUGCAUCGAAUGUGUGGCUUCUCCAAGGCGGUCCUGGGGACUCGUCGACCGGAUUGGAAUCGAUCAUAAGCUAUCUACACUAUGAACUUGAAGGACAAGUCAACGUUUACACGAUGGACCAUCGUGGCACGGGUCGCAGCACGCGUCUGGACUGUGUGGCAGCUCAGGCCGCCACCACUGGCUCUCCGUUUGGCGAUCUCUUUGAUCUGUCUGAAGUGGAUGCAUGUGCGCAGGAUCUUGAGUACAAAUACGGCAACUUGGCUUCAUUUUCCAUCACGAGUGCUGCCACGGACGUUGCAACCUUCAUCGCCAAAUUCACGAACGGCAAGAGUACGAUUGUGUAUGGUACUAGCUAUGGGACGGCAUUAGUAGAGCGACUCAUGCAUCUGGAAACCCCGACGGUAGUCGGCUAUGUGCUGGACGGUGUUUAUACGACCUCGUUAGCGGCAAAGGACAAAUUCCCGUAUUUUUCGAAGAGCCAAGGUGACUUUGGAGAAGUAGGCGGUGCUUUCCUCGAUCUGUGUGUCAACGACGACAUCUGCAAUCGUCACUUCACGAAUACAAGUUUGCGUGCUUCCCUGCAACAGCUCAUCAAGAAAUUCGACAUGGAACCCAACUCGACGUGCGCUCAGCUAGUAAGCACGAAAGGUGCCCAGACCCCUGACCCACCGUCCUUUUCGCUCCGCAUUACUCUCGGCUUGUUGAUGACCAUACGAACCAUGCAAGCGGCCAUUGCACCAGUCGUCUACAGACUCAGUCACUGCGCGGAAGAAGAUGUCAUUGUUAUGACGCAGUUCCUCACGGUUUUCAAGGCGCUCUUCGAAAUGAAACCCCAGGAUGAAGCGUAUUUAUCUACCCUCCUGUACAACUUGAUCGUCUUCUCCGAAAUGUGGGAGACACCGGCACCGUCUUUUGAAGUGAUGAAGAAACGAAUGACGGAUGCGCCAAUGUUCCAAGGUUCGUUCAGGGUGACAACCAAGGAACAGUACGAGGAUAAUUACCUGUACUGCGCUUUUUCCAAAGAAAAGUAUCCGACCUGUGACGAGCUGAAGCUGGGCAGCAAUACGACAAGCGCUAUCGUCUACGACCACGACCGAUACUGGAACACAACAUCAGUCAUUCCAAGCCGUGCGAGUGUGUUGAUACUGAGUAGCAAAUUGGAUGCCCAGACACCUCACAAGUAUGCCGAGGCUCUGUUCGAAGGACUGGUGGGCUCCAACAAAGAAUUGGUGACUUUCGAGUAUGCUGCUCAUGGCCUUCUCCAGUCGACCGAGCUUGCUGAAAAAGACGGGAUCAUUGAAGUAUGUGGAGUGAAGUUGAUGGCGUCUUACGUCAAGAAUGGUGGGAAUCUCAAGAGACUGGACAAGACGUGUGUGGCCGAGAUGCCGGCACUGAAUCUGACGCUACCGAUGGACUUCCUGACAAGAUUUUUCGGCACAGAAGAUGCGUACGACGGGCGCACGACAAGAGCUAGCACCCCUCCAUCUGUGUAG